AUGCAAGAUCAUGCUGUUGUUCAGAAGGACAUCCGGUAUCGAACAGCGCAGGCACGUAAAGCCUUUGGCCAGUUGCAUCGUCAAUUUUAUGGCAAAAGGAAUGUUGAGGACAGAACCAAGAGUGCUGUCUUUGCUGCGCUGGUGAUGUCGCGUCACGUUUACAAUGCACACACAUGGGCGUGGGUCACACAGAAGGACGUUGUGCAGUGGGAAAACGGCCUUAGAGCGCAGGUUGCCUCCCCUGCCAAGCAUGUGAUGCGUCCUGUGCCUCCCUUUCAGUUCACCACCGCAGAGAUUUGUGCACUGAUUGGGCUCAAUGGGCCCCAGGAUGUACUGCACGCCAACAGACUUAGGUAUGUCAAAAGAGCCAUUCACACAGCUCCAGCUGCGCUAUGGGCAUUUUUACAUGCCAAUGAACAUGCAAGCUCCUGGAUGAAAUGGUUAUUGGCAUCCUACAAAUGGAUGUGUACUCAUUUGCCUUGUGUUGCUUUACCAGAGUUUGAGGAUGUUGGUGAACUGCUUACCUUCAUUGCUAUUGACGAGAGAUGGAAAGGUCGAGUCAAGGCUGCGUUGAAAUCCUGUUUGAGGCAUACGACUGCAGGCGCACAGGGCAAGCUCUGGACAUAUCGCCUGCAGAUGAAGGUGUCUCAUUUUGUCUCCUUGCAGACUGGUUUAGAUCAGGUCAAAGUAAGGAAGUGGAAGUGCAACUUGUGCGAUGCAAGCUUUGACUCGAAGAAGGCAUUGGCAGUUCAUGCAAGACAUAAACACAACUAUCGAACCCAGCUCAAGUAUUUUGUCUUAGGAGAUGAAUGCUUGGCGUGUGGUAAAAAAUUCUUCAGCCGCACCCGCUUGCUGGCACACACAGUUGCUUCAGAUACUUGUAAGAACAGCUAUCUUGCUUGCUUCGUUCCAGCAGCUGACGAGGUUGUUGAGCAAAUCGAAGGUGAAGAAAGAGAACAGAUGCGAGCCCUUAGGGCUCAGGGAUGGUCAGCCUCCAAGGCCUUUCUCCCUGUCACAAGAAUUAGCGGUCCCCUCCUUCCCGGAAGUGGAACGGAAGAUGCAGCCUUAAUGAAGGCUCGAUGGAGUGUCCGCAUUUGUGAAAGUGGUCGAGCUUUUGAGGGUUUGGAUGGCUAUUGUGAGCAAAGCACGGAGACCUCUGACCACAAGGUCGAGAUCUUGCCCUUUCUGCUGCAGUCAAAUGGAGGUACGAUUCAAGGAGAAGCAGGCAUAUACAUGCAGUUUGGCCUUGCGGCCGAGGCCGCAAGGCUGCAUAUCAAUUGCUUCCUUUUCGUGCAUUUUUUCAGCGGUUACAGAAGGAGGGGCGAUUUGCAACAUUGCAUCGAAAAUCAUGAGAUCAUUGGCAACCAACAAAUCUUCUGCAUAUCAGUCGAUUUAUGUUUAGCCAAAGAAUUCUCUGACUUGACAGAUGCUGACACAAAGGAUUUCUGGAUUCAGAAAAUGCGUCAGGGACACGUUUUGGGCAUCGGUGGGGGACCCAGUUGCGAAACUUGGUCUGCGGCACGGCAUGUGCCCGGUGGACCAUCACCUGUGCGCACCUAUGACGAGCCAUGGGGCAUUGCGGGCCUGACCAGCAAGCAAUGGAAACAGGUUUUUGACCGAAAGGCAACUGCAGAGCAGUAUGCCGAGGUCGUGCCAAUUCUCACUGCGUCGUUCCAGGGCACAGACUCUGUGAUUGCCAAAGCGUUGACGAAAGCCAAGGAAAUGAACAUGAUCAAGCCUGGAGACAAUGUGGUAGCACUGCAUGGCCAGAAGGAGGAGUGCCCUGGUGUUUUCCUCAGCUCAUGGCUGUUAGAUGAGCCUGCUACCCGAGCAAACCUAAUCGCAUUGGAAACUGCUGCCCCUGACAGCUUUACCCGAAAAUGCAAACUUAUUUGCACCAUGGGUCCUGCUUGUUGGGACCCACCAAUGCUGAUCAAGCUCAUCGAUCAGGGCAUGAAUAUCGCCCGCCUGAACUUCUCGCACGGAGAUCAUGAGGGCCACGGGAGAACUGUGGAGAACAUCCGAGAGGCAUGCAAGCAGAGACCUGACAAGCCCGUCGCGAUUUUGUUGGACACGAAGGGUCCUGAGAUCAGAACUGGCUUCUUCAAGGAGGAAUUGGCCGGCGGCAAGAUCAAUUUGAAAGAGGGGCAAGAACUGAAACUCGUGACAGACUACAGUUUCAAGGGUGAUGAGACUACUCUAGCGGUGUCUUAUCAGCAGUUGCCCACCGCCGUAAAGCCAGGCAGCAUCAUUCUGGCGGCUGACGGUUCUCUUUCCUUAAAGGUCAAAAGCUGUGGAAGCGAUCACGUAGUCACAGAGGUCAUGAAUGACAUCGCCAUUGGCGAGAAGAAAAACAUGAAUCUUCCGGGCGUGAAGGUUGACUUGCCUGUGUUGCAGGAGAAAGACAAAAAGGACCUGUUGGAGUUUGGUAUUCCACAGGCAAUCGAUUUCGUUGCGGCUAGCUUUGUACAGGAUGCUGAGGACAUCAAGCUGAUCCGCAAGACUUUGGGCGUGCGCGGGCGCAGCAUCAAGAUUAUCUCGAAGAUUGAGAAUCAGGAGGGCAUCAACAACAUCGAUCAAAUCAUCGAUGCUACUGAUGGUGUCAUGGUUGCUCGUGGUGACAUGGGCAUGGAAAUUGACAUUGAAAAGGUGGGUUUGGUGCAGAAGAUGAUCAUCAGCAAAUGCAACAUCAAAGGUAAAUUCGUGGUGACCGCCACCCAGAUGUUGGAUUCCAUGGAGCGCGCUCCGCGACCGACUCGUGCUGAAGCAACGGAUGUCUUGAACGCAGUUCUGGAUGGCACGGAUGUUGUGAUGCUCUCCGGCGAGACUGCCAGUGGCAAGUUCCCGGAACAAGCAGUUGCAACCAUGCGUCACAUUUGCCAAGUGGGAGAGAGGGUGGUGGACUACAAGUCUCUCUACCUUGGCAUCAGAAUGAAGACUUUGGACCUGAAUAUCAUGAGUCCGGUCGAGUCUGUGUGUUCCUCCGCCGUGAAGACGGUCAUAGAUUCUGAUUGCAAGCUGAUCAUCGCAUUGACUGAAACUGGGCACACCGCUCGCAUCAUUUCAAAGUACCGACCACCCUGCCCUAUCCUGGCCAUUACAGCAAGCGAGCCGACAUUGCGACAGAUGUUGGCAAAUCGAGGAGUCGUGCCAAUCCUCACAGCAUCGUUUCAGGGCACAGAUUCCGUGAUCGCCAAAGCCUUGGUGAAAGCCAAGGAAACUAACAUGGUGAAGCCUGGAGACAGUGUCGUAGCACUCCACGGCCAAAAGGAAGAGUGUCCCGGCCACACGAACCUGUUGAAAAUUGUGGUUGUUCCGUGA